ACUUCUUGGUAUGGAUCCUUUACAUGGCUGGAGCCAUAUUACCAGAUACACACUGGGCAUAAUGACUCCAAGGAAUCUCAUGGAAGAAUUAAUUAAUAAAUGUUGAAGUGGGUUUGAUAAAGGAAGGGAUCACAUGGGUGAAGUCUAUAUCCAAGUGGGUAUAAAUAACUUAUACUGCCUUUGCUGAUAUUCAUUUGUCUUCCAUCCAGCUGCUUUGGGAUAAUAUCCCACAAGGCACACCAGUCUGCUGUGUGACUUUUUUCUUGUCUUUGGAUUAAACAAAAAUGAUUGUAAUUCUGCUGGUGUCUAUGUCCAUGGUGGUGUACAGUGGUGGCCAAGAACUGGAGCCGCCAGCAUUCCUGCCAGAGCUGCUUAACACACCUGAAAGAAUCUUGAACAAUGCCACACUCUUCAAUGGAGUCUUUCAAAAUGUGGAAAGUGUCGCAUUAUUUUUUGACUGCCUGGGUUCUCACUUCACCUGGUUACAGUCCAUCUUCACCAACUUCCCUGCCCUUCUCAACUUUGUGAACAAAAUGAAGUGUGUUACUGGGUUUUGUCCCAGGGAUUUUGAGGACUAUGGUUGCUCUUGUCGGUUUGAGAUGGAAGGGCUCCCCGUGGAUGAAGCUGAUGAAUGCUGUUUUCAGCACCGCAAAUGCUACGAGGAAGCGCUGGAGAUGGAGUGCACGUGGGACCCAUCAAAGAUUUCUGCAGAUGUCAGCUGCUCUACUAAAAACCUGACCUGUGAGUCUGUGGAUCCCUGUGAACAGUUCCUCUGCACCUGUGACAAAGAUGCCAUUGAAUGCUUUGUGAAUGCACAGAUCAACUCCUCCUUGAAUGGGCUGGAUGUCUCCUCCUGCCCAUCUCCAGUUACAGAAACAACCAGCAAGAGAGAGCUGACAACACGACACAUGGAAGAGUUGGUUCAUCAAGGGACUGAUGGAACACUGGAUGUGACUGCAUCUGUGGAAGAAGUGGUUUCUUUUGAGCCCCGUGACACAGUCUUGGCAACUUCCAAAGCCAGAGUUACCUCAAGGGACCACAGAGGCACAGCUCCUGCUCCCCCCAUCCUCCCAAUAAAAGAAGAAGAUGGAUUUAUGGAAGCUUUGGUCCCAGUGGAAGAGAUAACCACAUCCCCAGCCUCAUUCCCAGGAGACAGUAACUCAAUGCAAGUCAAAAUUGUCCCCACCAACAAGAGUCCUGCAGGCACACCUGCAAGGACAAAAGGAAAAGUGACAAGCCCUGCAAAGGGUGGCCUGAGCACAGCUUCCUCUGGCAUAGCUCUGGACCUGGGACUGUCUGAGAGAGGACCUGCAGAAAAAGUGUGCGAGCGGUUGACCUUUCUGCAAGAGAGAGGACGUGGAAGAGUGGAGAGGGAGCUGCCCCAGCUUGGAGAAAUGCUGUUCUGCUUAACUGAGCGAUGCCCAGAGGAAUUUGAGUUCUAUGGCUGCUAUUGUGGCCAAGAGGGAAGAGGUGAUCCCACUGAUGCACUGGACAGAUGCUGCUUUUCUCAUCACUGCUGUAUGGAGCAAGUUAAGAAACUUGGAUGUCAUGCAGAAAGAAAUUUGAGAUCUGAAGUCGUAUGUUUUGAUCACACACCAAAAUGCAUUGGCUGGAGCACGUGCGAGAAGCUCCUCUGUGCCUGCGACACGGCCGCGGCCGAGUGCAUGGCUUCUGCCUUCUUCAACGAGAGCCUGAAGCUGCCCCACGGACAGGGCUGCCGAGAGGAGAAGCUCUCCUGCCCAGGGGACCCUGCUGAAAGGCCUCCAGCAGGCACACAAACAGGCACAGGGGCUUCCAGCUCUGAGGAGAGCAGUGAGGAGGAAGGAGCCCGGCGGGGCGGGUUCCGAAGAGCCAGGAGAGGGACGUGGCGUCAGAUGGGGAACUCCAGAGCUGGGGGACGCGAGGGCAGAUAACCCCCACCUGCACGGGCUUGGGAAGGGGCAGGACAGCAGCCAGGCACUGAGCACCUGCCCUCCUUAUCCUCUACAUGCUGCCUCACACUCUCCAGCACACAAAUGACAUAAUCAUAGACUAGGAUUAGGUGUUAGGCUGUAUUAACUCCUUACUGUGGGGAGGUCAGCACUAUGGAGCACCUGUCUAGGUCAGAUAUUACCUUAAAUAAUUAUUGGACAGUGUUCUAUAUAAUUUCACUUGAUUUUUUUAUGUAAAAACUGUUAUGAUCAGACUGAGUUUUGUUAACUGCACACUUGGUUCAGACUGGAUCUUGCUGAUGGUGUCCAAGUAUUCCAGGUUUUUAAUUAAACCAACCUGCAACUACUCCAACUCCCUCUGCAGACAUUUUUCCUUUACUGAGCUUAGCAGGAAACACCCAGAAGCAAAGCUAAAGUAAUUACAUGAAAGUUCCUUUGUUCAUUCCUAUCUAUAGCUGUGUGUGACUCCCUUCUGAAGGCAACAGAAGGUCCAAAAUGCUGGACAGACCCUCCUCUCAGGGAAGCCUCUUCCAUCCCUGGGGGCCAAGGGAAGGACGUGAGCAGGAAACCUCCCAGCCUGGUACAGCCCUCGGACUGUUACUCAUUAUUGCUCUUCCAUAUUGGGGGUGAUGAAGUCACGACAUGCAGUCCAAGGGUGAUCAAAAGAGACUUCAGCACCUUGGAAUGGCUGAUCAGGAAAUGUGGAGCAUAGGUCAUUUUCCCCCCUAUCCUAUCCUUGCAGGAACAGACAGACUCAGUCUAUCAAUACCCGGCUCCAUGACUGGGAUCACAGCCAGAAUUUGGGGUAUUUUUGGUAAUAGGAUGAUCAGCACAACACCAGACCUGUUUGUGUCAGGUGGGAUUCAUAUGGACAAGAGGGUCUUUGCUCAUGAGCUGUCAGGGCUGACUGACAGGCUUUGAAACGGACUGGAAAGGAAAGAGGUGUAAUAUCAGGCCAUGGCAAACCUCUAAAGAUCCCUCCCAACCCAACCCAUUCUAUGAUUCUAUGACUCACCAACACUUCCUAGAACAAAAAAUUAUGCUAACUUCCCAGUGAUUCAUUCAGCUGCUCUGAAAGGUCUGGAUUUCUUCUCCAUCAUCUUGUUCUAGGACUGAACUGUGUCACCAAAGUAUUCCUACAGACCAAUGACCAUAGCAUGUAUCCCUAAUAUCCAAUGAUAUCCAUGUACCCUCAUGCUGGGUGUAGAGAUGCUGCCUGUUUUCUUCCAGAUCCUGCUGCAGUUCACUAAACCCCAGCAUGUGAUCCUGUGUGAACUGAACAGUGUAGGAACAGCAGGUGAAAAUGCCUGUGAAUGUUCUUGGAUGAGCAGUUUGUACUGCAUAAACUUCUGGCUGGUGCUAAGACCCCUUCAGUAUUUUUCCUACAUAAAAAGUGCAAAGAAUUAAUACAGUGCAAAAAUCCCCCAAACAAACAAAACCCCCAAACAUUACCAUUCCCCCACUUCUCCAACAAAGCACAAACAAACAAACAAAUUCCACCAUACAAACUCCCAAAAUAAACCCCAAAGGUGUUUAGUCACAUGAAUCCCUCUGGAUCCCAGUGGCUACAUCUUCAGCCCUAGUGAAAAAACCAACAGAACAAAAAGAUUUUCUUUAAGGGAAGGCAGAGGUCAUAUAAGUGAUGUGAGAAAUUCUAUUCACAGACAAGAUUUUAAUUAACUCCCCCUUUAUGCUGUACAGAAAAAGGACAUCUCAGAACUGAAGCAAAAUACUAAAACUGCAAAAUGCCCAUUUUUAUCCUAUGCUGAAGAUGAGAUCUGCAUAACAAUUGCAACUUUUAUCAACUUUUAUUAUAAGAUGAAAAAUUAUUUUGCAUUUCAGAGAAUUUAUAAAUAAAUAUUGCAAUGAGAAAGUGAGACGAAUGAUGAGCUGAAAUGUGAAAAACUGGCCUGUAAACAGGUGAAUGAAUUGUACUGCAGAGUAACAAUAACAUCAGUUCAUCUCUUUGACAAGAGUGGUGCUGCUGCUCUGAACACUGCACCUUAAAAUAAACUCCCAUUCCUUUCUGCUAAUUAUUACUACCUUCAUGGUUAUGCAAACAUUCACUCAACUGUGCUGAAUUUUCUAACUGCAGCGAUAGGGAUGGAUCAUUUAGUCAAUCAGGUAAAAGAGAAAUAACAAAAUAAAUAUGCUUUUGUUCAGGCAAUGUUGUCAUUAAUUCCUUUGAGCUUUUUUCCCCAGUACGUCUAUUUCAGGAAGAGAUUAACACCCAAGUUGUGCCCUAAUUACUACCACGUGAAUUGUGAUGAUAAAGUGAAGUCUUAAAUAAUCUAGUCAUGAUUAGCUACAUUUAUUCGUAAUCAGAGAUCGGUGCUAAAAUAAUUUAAAAAAUUACAAGCAGAUCAAAAAGAAACAUUUAGCAAAGCUUUUUUCUUUAUUCUCUCAUUCUCAUAGUCACUUUACACCAUAGUUUUCAUAUAUUUGGGGCACAGCUGGCCAAAACCUAGCUGUUUCCCAAAAGCAAACAACUAAUUUAUUAACUAUUAAUCUACAAAUAUUUCCUACUUCAAUAUUUUAACUUUUUAAUAAUUGAAUUCUUUGCCUGUCCCAUGGGCACUGACACCUUUCAUUAGACCAGGUCACUCAAAGCCCCUUCCAACCUGGCCAUGAACACUUCCAGGGAUGGGGCACCCACAGCUUCUGUGGGCAGCCUGUUCCAGUGCCUCAACACUCACACAGGAAAGAACUUCUUCCUAACAUCUAAUCUAAACCUAGUCUUUGAUUUUGGAGCCAUUCUUUCUUGUCCUAUCACUGCAUGCCCUUGCCCAAAAUCCCUCUUCAGCCCUCCUGAAUCCCCUUUAGGUACUUCAAAGUGCUGUAAGGUCUCCCCAGAGCCAGGGGAAACCAUGUUCCUCCAGGAUGAACAGCCCCAACUCCGUCUGUCUCCACAGCAGAGAUGCUCCAGCCCCUUGAUCAACUUUGUGGGCCUCCUCUGGCCAAGUCAACCUCUUGUUUUGGGGGCUCCAGAGCACGAUGCAGGACCUCAGGUGGAGUCUCCCAAGGGCAGAGUAGAGGGGGACAAUCCCCUCCCUUGCCCUGCUGCCCAUGGGGCACAGGGUGCAGCCCAGGACACGUUUGUUUUCUGGGCUGCCAGAGCACAUUGCUGGGACUUGUUGAGCUUCUCACCCACCAACAUCCCCGAGUCCUCCCCAGGGCUGCUCUCAAUCUAUUCCUCCCAGCCUGUGUUUGUGCUUGGGAUUGCCCUGACCCCAAAGUACAGGACCUUGCACUUGACCCAGCUGAACCUCAUGAGAUUCUCACAGCCCCACCUCUCAAGCCUGUCCAGGUUUAAUAGUAAAUAAAUGUAGUAGUUUAAUGUAGUAGCUUAAUGCAAUACUGUAAUAUCUGCAAAAAAAACCAAAUGGGUGUGCAAAAUGAGGGCUAUUUUAAAUGCUAAAAAAUUAGUAACAGAUAUAUAAAUUGUGAGCAAUAAAAAUUAACUGACACCUUAGAAAAGAUUAAUUUUUAAAUUCUGGUUUAUUUUAUUGCUUAAAUAUAGAUUGCACAGUGUGUUCUUACAUUUAUUGAAGCUGGUUCAUUACAUACAGUACAGAAUAUAUUACCAUUGGAACAACAGACAAAUUAGCCCUACUCUGAUUUUGGACAACAGGCUAUUUCUACCUUUUAGUAUGACCAUGGAUUUAAUUUAUCUUAAAGUGACUCACUACCAAAAGCUAUAUUUUUUUUCAAGAUGACAUAAUAGGAAAGAGAACCCAAGCAACAGCUGGAAUACAUUUAAACUGGGUACCAAUUUUAACCAUUAAGACAGUGCUCAGUGUGUUGCAGAUAACACAGGGCCAGUUUGCAUAAGGAGCUUUUAAGUUCUGCAGCUUGUCUGAAGAACAUAAAGAAAAGUGAAACAAAGCAGCUUUGUACUGUACAACAAACAGCAUUCUUAAUUCUUUUGGUUUCAUUUGUUGGCUCAUAUAACAAUAACUACCAAACCAAUACAUUUUACAGUCAUUCCCAUUUCCCAUGUGUCUAGAAAGGCCAGAGUGAACCAAUUAUCAACUUACAGACUCCUCAGAGUGAACCAAUUAUCAACUUGCAGACUCCCUGAAUUUCCAUAAAGGAAGAAAUUAAAUAUCAUGUGAACACACAGAGUGUAACAAACUCUUCACUCCCUGCACUACACCUGCACAACACCUGCAUUUCCCAAACUGAACAUUGGAAACACAGAAACCUACCAUCACCAUGAAGGAAAAAUACUUCAUCAACAGAACUGAAAAUGAAAUGCUGAAUCUAGUUUUUUCACAUGCAGCAUUCAUGCAACAGAAUUCAAUCACAGAAACAAUCCUGUAUUUACAGCACAGUCUCCAAACUGCACAAGUGCAAACAGAAGUACAUUCUGUAUUACUUAGACUCCUUCUUUUUGUACAAAAGUGCCAAGUGUUAUUCUUAAAAAAAUGACAGAGUGGGUAGUUUUUUUACAUUGUAUCCCUAUGUUGGACUUACUUUUUAAAAAAUUACAGUCUUUAUACAGGCCAAAAACUCUUAGUCUUACCUUAAAAAAAAGAAAAAAAAA